CUGAAGUACAAUGGCAUCAUUCAUAGCAUUAUCGCGUACACCGUUCUUUAUUUCCAGGCGUCUAGACGCGAAAUCUGCUACCCUCGAUAUGAGGAACUCGACACAAGUUGUACCGAUGUUACCGAUAGGAGUACUUCAGGACUGGUAGCACCGCCAGUGAUCCCUCAUGCAACAGUUCGAGCGAUGGCAUUCGUACCGCCGGACAACUUGCGACGUCUCAUUGUUCAGUACUAUAGACAGCAGGGCAAGCUCAUACCGAAAAACAUUACCUUUUCGCCCAAAACUAAGGUCGCAUUCGAUUUAUUUAGAUCGUUUCUAUUCGUGAAAUACCAUUGCGAUUUCGGAUACGAGAUGAUCGACGAGGUAGACACGUUAUUUUGUCACCAGAAGUCAUGGAUACACACUGUCCCAGUGUGUCGUGGAAAAGGACUUUGCGAAGUGGACAACGGUGGAUGCAGUCACUCAUGCUUGUCCAUUAACGACGUGACCGUCGAAUGUCGUUGUCCACGUGGAAUGACACUGGAUACCGACCAGAGAACGUGCAUUAGUUAUAUAACUAACACUAAAAAAUUGGACAUCUGUUUUCUUUCAGAGCCAAUUCCGAAGACCUUGUGCCGUUCAUUGUCCGGUUGUUCCUGUUCAUCAAUCAAUGACAACCAAUAUUCGUGCACGUGUCCGAAGGGAGCGAAAUGCUUGUUGCUUAAAGGACCGCCAAAGCUUUACGUAGAGCCGGUUGGUCCCUAUGAAGUAUCACCUGGUGGGAAUCUCAACAUCACCUGCUCUGCUGUCGCCUACCCAUUUCCGGAUAUUUUCUGGCGGAGAGGCGACGAUCGGGUACAAAAUAUGCCGACAAGGGCAGGCACGGUGAAAAACGAGCAGGUGCUGAUUAUCAAAGAGUUGUUCAAGAGUGCUGAAUUCACUUGUCUGGCUAACAACUCUGAAGGGACCGUCGAACGCACCGUUAAGGUGACAAUCACCGGCAUUCUGAAUUUACUUAAUGCGCAGUUCUUUGUUACAGGACCUGGAUCGGCACCAGUGUUGCGCGGUGCGCUUUCGGGAAGAACGAACAUUGCGCUUCGCUGGGAUCCACCGCACAUCAUCAAUCGGCCAAUGACUAGCUACACCAUCUACUACACCAAUAAUGGCAAUCAACCCAUAAAAAACUGGCAGCGCCUAGAAGUCAAAGAGCCGAAUCACAGUGUUGUGAUCGAGAACCUUCGUCCAAAUACUCAAUACUUUAUCCGACUUCGAGCGAACGACCAAAUGGGUCCAGGUAGACUAGGAAACCCUGCGUCGGUCACCACUCUUAAGCCAGCCUCUCGUCCUUUGGUUACCAUUGAACAAGGUGAUGAACUGCUUGUUGAACCAAUGAAACCUUUUGAACUGGAAUGUAACAUAACGAGAGCAGAUCCAAUGCCGAUUGUGACCUGGCAGCACAAAGGGCGUCCACUUAACAAAGGCGAGAGGACACUGUUCAUGAAGAUGCACAUCGGCGGAAUCAUUGAGAACACGGUCUUUUCGUGUGUUGCUGAGAAUGAGGCUGGGAAAAGCACGAAGCGAAUCAACAUCACAGUGACUGGGCCAACAGCUCCCGAGCGCAUUCGCUACCAAGUGGACGGUGAUAAAGUGAAUUUGCAAUGGGAACCACCACGUAUCCCGAACGCGCCGAUGGUUGGUUUCGAUAUCCUUUAUACCGACAACCCGGACCUUCCAGAGGAUCAGUGGAUGGUGCAACACAUAGACAAUCCAUUCGAUCAUUCGGCAACCAUUUUCGAUUUGAAAGAGCACACUCCGUACACCUUCAAGAUUCGCGGAGAAAACCGACUCGGCAAAGGACUUCUCAGCAGGCCUUUCAAUGCCACUACCUGGGUGGGAGCUCGACCUCCAUCUGUAACUGUGAUGCCAUCCGGUCAGAUCGUAAAGGAGCCGAGCAAUGACCCAUUAACCGUUGAGUGCGAGGCACUGGGUGUUCCUAAGCCAAAAAUCAUCUGGUUGUGGAGUGGCCAGCUGGUGGAAGACGGAAAGGACGAAUUUCGAGUGUACGAUAUCACUCCAAUGGACGCUAAUGACCGCUCAAGAAGCAAGUUAAUUGCGCAGAGCACCACUAGGACAGGAACGGCCACAUGCCAGGCAGUAAAUGCUGAGGGGUCGGAUGAGAAAAGGACGGAGGUGAAAAUUCUCGGUCCAGGGAGUGCACCCCUGAACAUCCAGCCAACGCCCAUGCACACCGGCUUUGACGUCGCCUGGUAUCCGCCGAAAAGACCGAACGGACGCAUCAAGGCGCGACUUAUAACCAUCGCAUUGAUAUAUUAUACCAAAGAUCCCGAUCUGCCACUGGCUGAAUGGAACUCCCAAGUUGUCGAUGGAAGUCAGAGGAAUCUGACGGUGCACGUUGACGAUGAAGACACUCCUUAUGUGGUGAAAGUUCAAGCAGCCACUGAUGACGGCGCCGGUAUCAUUUCUGAGGCCUAUGAAGUAACGACUGGAAGAAAACAAAUUCCGUUGGCUGUGCACCUGGAGAUAAGCGACCCGCACAUUGACGAUUCCAUCACCGAAACCGAGGUCGACCCCGCGCAGCCUAUUCACUUCAGAUGUGUGGCAGAAGGUCGGCCGAUGCCGAGUGUAUCAUACAGCUGGCUGCCAAUAAAUUCUACUGAGAGCGGGGACGUGUAUUCAACCACAUCGACGAAGAGGAUCCUGCUGUGUCAAGCCAGAAAUUUAGACGGGACAGUGGAGGACAAGCACUUUUUCAUUGUUAAUAUACUUUUCUUUAAGAUGAUCAAGAAUUUUCACAGUCACUUAUACGGUUCUAUUUCAGAACCGGGCAGCCCACCCAGGGACAUCGAUGUAAUUGUUGAUCCGGACAAUCGAGUCACGCUAACUUGGCAGCCUCCUAAAUAUCCUAACGGGGAAAUUACAAGCUACAACGUGUACCUGACGGGUGACCCGUCGAAGCCCGUGAGUCAGUGGCAGGUGUUUGAAGUCAAGGAUCCAAGCAAUCCACGACUCGUGUUCAAGAGGGGCGAACUCGAACCAGAGAACCCUUACUACGUAAGAAUCGCCGCCGUCAAUGUGGCCGGCGAAGGCAUCCUCUCCGAUGCCACUCACUUCAACACCGUCAGUGGAGGUCUGCCAGAAAACUUUUCGAGAAAUUGCAACUUUUUUCUGAAAGAUACUCAGAAGAAUCGGUCUUACACGAUUUAUUUCACUCCUGAUGAUGGUACGGUGGAUGAAGACUAUAAGAAUUGGGCCCGCAUCGAAGUGCCAUCGACGGAAGACCACGGUACCAUCACGAUCGAUAAAGAUCAGUACAGCAUCAAACCGAACACACCGUACAAAGUGCGCAUUUCGGCAACAAACGACCAAUCUGAAGGUCCUGCUUCGGAACCGACAUUGUUUGAAACCGGUAGUGGAGAAAAUACUCCAACCUGUUGCAUAAAAAGAUGUUUGGCACGUCGUAUCAACAAUUCAGAAACACCUCCGUUGAUCAGCCUCGAUCCUCCGAUGAAUAUUGUGAGCGUAGAGCCAAAAGGCUCGGUGAGCAUCGUGUGUUCGGCAACCGGCAUACCUCAACCGCAUAUCUACUGGAUUCUCGAAAAUGGAGAACGAAUCGAUGGCAGGGCACUGCAUCUCUCAAAUCUUGUCAAGGACGUCUCAGCCACAUGCCGCGCCGAAAACAAAGCAGGGAAGGCGCAAGAAGUGGUGCAAAUCCAAGUCUCCGGACCUGGAAGUCCUCCAAAUGAAAUCGUUUUGCUCCCUAUGCCGAAUCAGAUGAUCAACGUCGAAUGGACGACACCGGAUGAAGUGAAUGGAAGAAUCAUAAACUACAUUGUGCACUAUGGAGAAGUGCCUGAAGGAGCAACUGAGCCGACCGAAUGGCAGCAGGCAACCGUUGACGGACUCGACGUCAACCACCAACUCCCACAACUGAAUCCGAAGACGAACUACGCCAUCAGAGUGCAAGCCAUCAGCGACCGUGGUCCUGGGGUUCUCUCGGCUCCGCAGAUGAUCCGCACUCUUCCCUUGGCUCCUGCACAAAUUACACAACCGGAAGUCAACGUGUUUGACAACAACUCAGUUACAAUCGAGUUUGCUCCACCAAUAGACCCCGACGUACCAGGAAGACAUAUAAAGGAUUUCGUAAUCCAGUACACUUCUGAGGACCCUCCAACUGAUGAAACCGACUGGAAAGAGCUUCGUUACACGGAUCCGCGUGACUACGACAACAUCACCAUUGUGCCAAUCGAUGGUGAAAACUUCAAUCCGGAUACCAAAUACCAUCUAAGGAUUAUUCCAAGAGGAGAAGUUGACGGUCCAGCUAGUGAGACCUUAACGUUCUCCACUGGUGAUGGAGGUUUGUGUGGAAUAGAUUGUUUAUACUUUGAUUUCGCGAAAUAUUUACGACCUGAACUUUUUGGAAAAAGUGGGAGUGUUGGAAAAGUCUCCCAAAUUGACUACCAUUUGCUUGCAGUGAUCAUGCCUUCGCAGCCAGUAGUGAAUGUGGAUGCUCCUGAAAACACAAUUCGUGUCCCCGCUGGAACCGAUUACACAGUCACCUGCUCUUCUACGGGGUUUCCACCACCGGAAAUCCGCUGGGUGGACAGGGAAGGAAACCAACUCUCCGACGGCCCUCAUCUAAAGCUCAUCGAUGUGAGGCGCACAGUGUAUGCGAAAUGUUUGGCCGAGAAUCGAGGUGGUAUUAAGGAGACUGAGUUCACCGUGUUUGUAGCAGGUCCGGGAUCAGCACCAGAAAAUGUGCUUCUACAUGCUGACAAACCAGUGACGAUUUCGGUGCAGUGGGAUCCUCCACUAAUCACGAACGGCAACAUCACAAAAUACAUUGUAUACUAUACACCUUUAGAUGACCAGGAUCCUGCACACCAGAUCGGCCAGGUUCAAUCGCGACCGAUCAAUGAGUGGAUCACUUACCACGAUACUCCGGAUACCAACGGCACAAGGAGGGCCGAGUUGAAGGACUUCGUCGAAACCGACACCGCUUACGCGGUGGUGGUGCAAGCGAUCAAUGACGAUGGACCGGGGCCGUAUUCGAACCAGUACACCGUUCGUACUAUGUCUCGCGCGCGCGAAGGAGCACCUGAAGACCUACGGGUAGAGCCAGAAGGGCAGCGUUCUGCGCUAGUCACCUGGAAAGAACCGACUACCUCAGAUGUGCGACCCAUCGGAUACGAAAUCUACUAUGUACCUGGCGACAAGAGUGUACAUGCAGACAUGGUGCUGAGCGAAUGGUUAGCUGCUCUUUUAAUCGCAAUAGAUGAUCCAACCAAACUGUCUCACAAAAUUCAGAAUCUUCUUCAACCGGACACAGACUACGUGUUUAAGAUUCGGGCCAUCUAUCCCGAUGGACCCAGCGUGUUCUCAGAGCCGUGCAUCAUGAAGACGCUACCUGAUGGCAAGUGCUCAUUUACAUCGUUAAGAAGAAAAAGCACUCUGAAAGUGAUGGGACUUCUGCCUUGCCGUGGUAAUGCGCCCUACAUUGAAGUCUCAACUGGAGAACAAGGUGUCGAAGGCAUCACGAGCAUUGACGUACUACCCGGAUCGCAGAUCACCGUAUCAUGUAAUGCCACAGGACUGCCUCUACCAUCUGUGAAAUGGAUUCGUGGUGGGACCUACGAAAUUGAUCCGAGCACCUUUUUUUUUCUGGAAAACGGUGGACCAAAUCGCAAAGUCAGCAAAACCCGUGGUGAUCGUGUUAAGCAAGCAGAUUCAGUGCUAACUUCCGUGGAUUUAUGA